AUGUCUUCAGAUUACUGUCCCGUCUAUGCGCCGUUCUUUGGUGCCAUGGGGUGCGCCGCCUCCAUAAUCUUCUGUGCUUUCGGAGCUUCUUACGGAACCGCAAAGUCUGGUGUCGGUGUCGUUGCUUCCGGUGUUUUGAGACCUGAUAUGAUGGUGAAGAACUCCAUCCCAGUCGUCAUGGCUGGUAUCGUUGCCAUUUACGGUCUCGUCGUCUCCGUCUUGAUUUCCUCCGGUUUGGCCCAAAAGCAGACACUAUUCUCCGGUUUCAUCCAGCUCGGCGCCGGUCUUGCUGUCGGUCUCUCUGGUCUUGCUGCCGGUUUCGCCAUUGGUAUUGUUGGUGAUGCUGGUGUUCGUGGUACCGUUCAGCAGCCAAGGCUCUUCGUUGGAAUGAUUUUAAUUCUCAUUUUCGCAGAAGUCUUGGGUCUUUAUGGUCUUAUCGUUGCCCUGUUGAUGAACUCGAAGGCACAAGGGAGCGUCUGCGAGUAA